AUGGGCCUCUCAAGACACCCCCUCCUCCCCUACAUAUCCACAAUCUUCGGCACCAUAUGCCUCGGCUUCGGAACAACAUACAUGCUAUACCCACGUGUGGGGUACUCUCUCUACGGCUUCUCCAGUACGCCAACGAAUCCACUUGACUGGGCGAUCAUGGAGCGCGUCAUGGUGUUGUAUGGAGCCAAGGACAUUUUUAUCGCAGCUGCGAUCUACGCAUCGACUUGGUUCGGCACCAGGAGGAGCGCAGGAUUUAUCAUGCUGGCGGCAGGACUGUGGCGAGGCGGGGAUAAAUGA